AUGCCGCUUGACGAGGGUACCGCCGAACUUUAUCUUGAGAUAUUAUUGUCUGUCUUGCCCGACAAAAUUGUGUUAGUAUCACAAGUGCUGAGCAAAUGUGAUAGCAGAUUCACGCGAAGCCUUCAAGGCAACCUGAUACCUGAAGCACCUGGCGAUGCGAUUCUUCAAACGCUCCGAACUUCAAACGCUCCGAACGAAUUUCGAAAAUCAAUCUCGUUCAAAUAUUUUCUGGGGGGCCUGGGGUGUCCGCGGACGCGAUUCUUCUUCCCGAACGAGGAAAACUUGUUUCCUCUCCAGAGCGUGGCAAUGCUAAGGGCAAGUCCAAAAUUAUGUGCAGUACAACACCAAAGUGCCAGGGAGAUGCGAAUAGGAGCGAAACAGCUCUAG